GCUGGCAGUCAGUUCUGCUGCUCGAGCCUGAAGCACGGUCUGGCAUCGGCGCUUGACUUCGUCGCAUCGGCUGGACAGGCUGGCGAAAAAGUCGCCCACCUUCUCCUGGACUGCGGCACGGGUCCCCAGGCACAGGUUGGCGGUCACCUCUUGACGUACCCAGCCCCAAAUAGCCUCGUCGGCGUUGAAAUCUGGGCUAUAGGUGGGCAGGUUCACCAAGCGCAGGUUCAAGUUGGGGUUGGCCAGGUAGGCUCGCAGCGCGUCGCCCCUAUGAGCUGGGGAAUUGUCCCAAAUCACCGUCAACGGUUCGGUGUGUUGCGCCCGCAGUUGACGCAGGAAGGCAACCGACAGGAAGGCAACCGAGGUGGUGGAGUUGCUGUUACCUUCCAGUUCCAUCAACUCCACCUCUCCGGUUUCCAGACACACCGCCGAGUAGUAGCUCGCCUUCUCCCCACGUCGCGGGCUGGUGGAGUCCACCAGCGCCGGUUCACCCUUCAGCACCCAUUUGGCCCGCAGAUCCGCAUCCGCCCGAAAGUGAGCCUCGUCAGCGAAGAAUAUCUUGGCCCCAGUUCGUCGGGCCGCCGCCGCCAAGGCGAUGUACUCCCUCACAAAGCCUUCCCGCCGUACCGGGUCUGCCUUGACCAACCGCUUCUUGGGACGCUUCAGGACAAAGCCCAACCGGUGCAGGUAAUUCAGGCAACCACUCCGGCUCAGCGUCAACCCGAAGCGUUCCUCUACCAACCGGCGCACCGCCUUCCAGUUCCAGUUGGACAAAUCGAUGCCAGCUUGCGACGGCAAUUCCUGCACCGCCGCCUUCAACUCGGCCUGCCGCUCCCGGUUCAAUGCGGGGGG